AUGGACCCUGGGCGCUGCGCGCCCUUCGGUGUGGGGCCCGAGUCUGGCCCCUACGCGGCCGCGGGGGACGAGCCUCCGGGCCCCCAGGGGACUCCCACCUCCGCGCCUCACCUGCACCCCGCGCCGCCCCGCGGCCCGCGGCUGACCCGCUUUCCAGCCUGCGGGCCCCUGGAGCCCUACCUUCCAGAGCCGGCCAAGCCGCCCGCCAAGUACCUGCAGGACCUCGGGCCCGGCCCGGCGCUCAACGGCGGCCACUUCUACAAGGGCCCCGCGGAAGCUGAGGAGAAGGCCUCCAAAGCUGCCAGCUUCCCCCAGCUGCCCUUGGACUGCCGAGGGGGCCCCAGAGACGGGCCCUCUAACUUGCAAGGCUCCCCAGGCCCCUGCUUGGCAAGCCUGCGCGUCCCUCUGUCCCCGGGACUCCCAGACUCCAUGGAGUUGGCCAAGAACAAGAGCAAGAAGCGCCGUAACCGCACGACCUUCAGCACGUUCCAGCUGGAGGAGCUGGAGAAAGUCUUCCAGAAAACCCACUACCCUGAUGUGUAUGCCCGGGAGCAGCUGGCUCUGCGCACGGACCUAACGGAGGCCCGGGUACAGGUGUGGUUCCAGAACCGAAGAGCCAAGUGGCGGAAACGCGAGCGUUAUGGGAAGAUCCAGGAGGGGCGGAGCCCCUUCACAUCUGCCUACGACAUCUCUAUGCUGCCCCGAACAGAGAGCCAGCCCCAGCUGCAGAACUCCCUGUGGCCCAGCCCAGGGUCUGGGAGCCCUGGGGGCCCCUGCCUCGUAUCUCCAGAGGGCAUCCCCUCCCCAUGCAUGUCUCCAUACUCCCACUCUCAUGGGAAUGUGGCUGGCUUCAUGGGGGUGCCAGCCUCCCCUGGAGCCCACCCUGGCAUCUACUCCAUCCACGGCUUUUCCCCUCCCCUGGGGGGCCACAGCUUUGAGCCUGCCCCGGAUGGCGACUAUAAGUCUCCAAGCCUCGUCUCGCUAAGGGUGAAGCCCAAGGAGCCGCCCAGCCUGCUGAACUGGACCACGUGAUUGGCUGUGUGGACACGCAGACUGAGCUGCCCACCCCCUUUUCCGUUCCCAGCUGCUCUCACCUCACCCCAGUUUGGGCGCCAGAGAGAACACUGCCUCAAAGCCCCAGAUGGUUCCUGGAGGCCCGGGCAGAGUGGCUGGGACCCCUCAGGCUCCUGCAAGGAACAAGCUAAGGAGUCUUUUGUCUUAGAAUAAGGUGGGGCUGCCCAGCAGAAAGGGGGAUUCAAAGCAGGUAGGCCUCUUCCUACCACACACUGGGUCCCCUCACUCAGACUCUGGUCUAGAAGGAGGAAGACAUUGUCCUGCUUCCUUCAGACUUCAUCCAAGUUUAACUGUCAUCCCUCUAGCUGAAACAGCUUAACUGGCUCCUCAUUCAGGGAACCCAAGAAAAUGGGAGGAGGAGGAGGACACAGGUUGAACUAGGAGGAGUUCCUUGUGACUUUGGGGAAACCAGUCUUGUAUGACCACCUAGGGCCGGCUUCACUUCCCCCUCCCACCACCAGGGGGCGUGCACCCAGUGUCUGGCACUGACAAGGGCCUGGAAGCCCCAGGUCAGUGUAAAAGGUGCCUAUCUCCCCAGCUCCAGCCAUCCCUUACUCCUGCCCUCCGCCCCCUCCUGCAACAUGCUAUGGAGUCCUCUUCCCCCUCCUAGGGGGCAGAAAUUCCACCAGAAACCACCAAAUAUUUGGAUUCUCUUCCACGGAAUCAAGCCAGAGCUAUGCCAUGGAAACCGUAAGCUCCCUUGAUUUACUCAUUGGAUUGUGGCAUGUUGGUAAGAAUGAAACAGAUUUCCACAGACUCUGAGCCCCUGAGAUCUUGACCUCCACUUCUGUAAAGAUCCUUUUGUAAAAAAUGUGCUGCCCAGCAUAAUAAUAAAGGUGGUAGUAGUUUUUUAU